UAGUCAAAACCCUCCGCCUCCAACUCCUCUCUAGGGUUUACUAUCUGGCGGAAAGCAUUCCUUGUUUUUACCUGCAAUGUCUUCUUCCUCUUCUUUCUCUACCUUCGCCUCCAUUUCCAAGCGCCUGUUCUCGCUCUCUCCGGUACUUCCACUCCGCCAGCAGCUCCUCCACGUCGCCGCUUCUUGCCGCUCCUAUUGCACUCCGCUAUCUUCUGGAAACUGCUCUGACGCAGACCCCGAAGAGUCCUUUCCUCAACCCGACGAUGCCGCCGCUUCGAACGAGAUCCCCCAGCGGCGCGCCCCUUUCCAGCGCCCCCUCGAGAACGGCCUCGAUCAAGGCGUCUACAAGGCGAUUCUCGUCGGGAAGGUCGGGCAGAAGCCGGUGCAGAAGUAUCUCAGGAGUGGACACGCUGUGGUGCUCUUUUCGCUGGGGACGGGAGGAAUCCGGAAUAAUCGCCGCCCCCUUGACAACGAGGAGCCGAGAGACUAUGCCAAUCGAUGCUCCGUUCAGUGGCACAGGGUCAGCGUGUACCCCGAUCGGCUUGGCAACCUAGCUCUCACUCACGUUAAGCCAGGAUCAAUCUUGUAUGUGGAGGGAAAUCUUGAGACUAAAAUUUUCACUGAUCAAGUUACUGGUUUAGUUAGACGAAUAAGAGAAAUUGCUAUUCGACGAGACGGUCGUCUUCUGUUCCUCGACAAUGGCAACACAGCUGCUGAACCAGAAGUGCCAAAAAAUGUGGGUUAUUACUGAGAAGCAUGAUCUGGAUUCACCCACUCCAAAUGCAAUAAAGCAUAGAACACCUUAAAAGAGACUCGUAUCUUUGCCUUGUUGUUCCAAAAAUUUCAACUGGACCAAACACUUUGGGGAUUCUGACCUUGGGACAUUGUAUUUACUCUUCCAGCAGUGGUUGGGAAAUGUCUGUUUCAACUUGGCUGACGAUCUUUGUUCCAGCUAUUUGAAGGGUGGCUGUUGGUCGAUUUGAUUUACGCCAAAUUGUUCUUGUUUGAUGUGACUUAUGAACAAUUUUAGUUGACGUUUCAAUCACUUUGAUUUUAUGAGUUUUAAAGUUA